CAUCAGGAGCCAUACUCAAGACAGAGACGGUGAACAGCAGAUCUGCCUACAGCCACAACUAUGAACUCAGUCACUGCCUUCGUUGCCUGCUUGCUUAUCCUAGGUGCACAAGGACAACCAGGCAGCAAAUCUAAUAAAUGCAAAUGUUACAGUUACAUUGGCAGGAUCAGCCCAAAGCUCAUCAAGGCUGAGCCAGUGAUACACUACCCAAGUAUCUUCUGUCCACAUACAGAGAUCAUUGUCACCACAAAAGCAGAUAUGAAGAAGUGUGUGAAUCCAGAGUCCCCACUUGGACGACACAUUCUAAAAAAUCACAACAAGCAAGGGAAGAAAGGAUCUGUAAGCACCACGACUGCUGGUCAGAGUACUGCUGCAAUCUAAACAAGACACUGCACAACCUACAAGCUGCACUCCUACUGCACAGCAGAAGUGACACCUGGUUGUUGACCUAAAA